AUGGACCAGCAUACUUCCAGACUGCGGGCAGAUAGGUCAGGCACUAUCGAAAUCGCAACAUAUGCCCUUACUGGAGCAGUCGUGGUCUUCUUCAUUGCACGUCAGACUAUGAAAGCGAUCGUCUUCCGUAAAGUGGCGCUCGAUGAUCUCUUCAUCCUUCUGGCCACCGCGUUUGCAAUCGGUCUAUCAGUCACGACAUUAAUACUUGCCUCUAGAGAUUUUGGUGUACUCGAAUUUUUGACUCUCGAAAGAGCCAAUACUAUCAUGAAAGGCUACUACGCAUCCGAGCUGCUGUACAUCUCAUCGCUAUGCUUCUCGAAGUUGUCGAUCCUUGUCUUGUUCUACAAUGUCGUUGUACUACGUACUCAUCGUUUCUUUGUCUUGGGCUUUGGCGCUUGCAUCUUCGCUUGGAGUGUAGGAUCAGUCAUUGCUGCUGCAUUCCAAUGUCAACUUCCGCGGCCUUGGGAGAUGAUGACAUUGCGUUGCUUCAACACAGUAGGUGCUGCGUCGACAUCAGCUUUGAUGAUCUUGGCUGACGAUUACAGCGAAUCUUCUGGAUCGUGUAUUGUGCAAUCGACGUGUCCACAGAGGUGUUUAUUGUCCUGCUUUCUGUAG